GAUGCAUAUUUUUGAAUCGGACAGAAACGGCUUGACUUGAGAGAGAAUUAACACAGGCAAAGCUGAAGGACAGAGAUUUGAGGAUUUAUGAGAAGUUUUGCUGCAAACUUCAACAAAACUGACUUAAUUACUGGGACAUCACGAUGAGGAAGAGUGAGGUGCUCGCAGCCGAGUCAGUGGCUUGCCUGAAUAAAGCUCUCUGCCACUUGAAGGACAUCUGGGAAGAGAUAGGAAUACCAGAAGACCAAAGACUACAGAGAACCAAUGUGGUCAAGAAUCACAUCAAGAGUUUGUUAGACAUGAUGAUAACAGAGGAGGAGUCUCUUAGGACCAGACUGUUGAGCAGCAUCGAAGCCUGUCGCAAACAACUGGAUACGCUGUGCUUGGAACUGCAGCUACCCCCAUUUGAGGUAAGAGAGGGCGUCACCAUGCUGCAGCAGGAGAAGGAGAUCCGGACCCAGGUGGAGAUGUUGGUGAAGGAGCGGACCCAGAGGAUGCAGCAGCUGAAGGCCUUGACGGAGCGCGACCAGGACCUAUGUGACACUCUGUGUUCGGACCCCUACGCCCUCGACCCUAACACCGUGCCCUCCCUGGAGCAGCUGGACGGCUUCCGCCAGCACAUCGCCAGCCAGACCACAGAGAAGGAGCGGCGGCAUGCUGAGUUUGUGGGCAUCAAGAGGCAGAUCAUCCUGUGCAUGGAUGACCUGGACCAGCUGCCAGAGACCAGCUUCGAGAAGGACAUCAUCUGCGAGGACCAGGAGGCCUUCUGCCUGUCCAAAGACAACAUCGCCUCACUCAAACUCCUCCUCGGCCAACUAGAGGAGAGGAAGGCAGAGAACCAGGCGGUGUGUGAGGCUCACAGGGAGAAGAUCCAGGAGCUGUGGGACAGACUGCAGGUGCCCCAGGAGGAGAGAGAGCUCUUCUCAGAGCACAUGGUCGCCUCCAAGAAGAAGAACCUGGAUGCUUUGGAGGCAGAGGGCGGGCGACUGAUGGAGCUCAAACGACUGAACAUGCGAAACGUUACUGAAGCCAUCCGCUCAGAAAUGGCAUGGCUCUGGGAGAAAUGCUUCUUCAGCAGUGAUCAGCAACAGGCCUUUGUGCCCUACUUUAGCAAUGAUUUUACAGAGCAGCUGUUGGGGCUGCACGAAGCUGAGAUCCUGAGGCUGAAGCAGCACUAUGAAGAACACAAGGAGCUGUUUGAGGGGGUUCAACGCUGGGAGGAGAGCUGGAGACUCUUCCUGGAACUAGAGAAAAAAGCCACAGACCCCUCCAGGUUCACCAACAGAGGAGGGAAUCUGCUGAAAGAGGAGAAACAGAAAGCCGAGCUCCACAAAAGCCUGCCCAAGCUUGAGAAGAAGCUGAAGGCUCAGAUUGAUGUGUGGGAGCGGGAGCAGGCCAGGGAGUUCCUGGUGAAUGGACAGAAGUUCCUGCAGUUUGUAGAGGAGCAGUGGGAGCUGCACCGCAUCGAGAAAGAGAAUGAGAAGCUGGAGAGGCAACUGAAAAAGAGCAAGCAGAUUGAGGUGGAUAUGCUGUAUGGGACAGCUGUCCGGACGCCUACCAAAAGGAGAUUCCUUGGCACAACUACCCCCAGCAAAGCACGAAAGUUCAAUGGCACCACCUCCAGCCUCUCUAGUGCCAACUCUAACAGCACCAUGCGCUCAGCCUAUGGCGGAACUGUCUGCCACUCACCCUCCCGCCCCCCUCUGUCAGUCAACAAGGUCCCAUCGGUACGGACCCCGGGUCGCAGUAAGCCCCCUCUUGCGGGACUGCAGGAGCGCAACAAGGAGAACAUGGGCCAGGUGACCGGACUUGGAGUCCCUCUUCAGAGCGGUGGGUUUAAAACCCUGGCUAGUCCGCAGUGUAACUUCAGCAUUAACUCUGUCGCCAGCACUUAUUCCGAGUUUGCGCGAGACCUCUCCAAGGCCACUAUCACCAAGAGCAAGCCAGACAUACUGAACUCCACCAUUGCUCACCUUUGACCCCCUGACACCAGACAAUGACGCGGUUGGUGUCCCAUCAAGUCCCCACCAGCUGUCAUUUAAAAGUGGAUCACUAUCCUUUUUUUUGUUGUCUGCGUUUCUAUGUAAAUUUAAGGUAAUACUAUAUGUAUGUAUAUAUGUGUGUGUGUGUGUGUGUGUAUACAUGCAUGCAUUCAUACAUACAUACAUACAUACAUACAUACAUACAUACAUACAUACAUACAUACAUACAUAC